GAUCUGCCUCCUCCGCUACUCAGACUCCGCCCCUUGGCUGUCUCUGGGAAGACAUGCUGGCAGAUCUGGGAGAGGCUGUGAGGGGUGAGCGGUGACCACCAGUGCGGGCGCCGGGCAGGAGGGUUAUCCGGGCAGGUAAUCUCCAAUCAGUGUCCCCGCCGUGCCCACCAGCCACUGCUCUGCUCUGUUACAUGUAAACACGGAACUGGCAGCAGGAUGUGAAAGCAGCAGUGACACCGGGCUUUGUGUUGGAGUGGAAGGUAUUGGAGGAAAUGGUCGGCUUCUUUGGGAAUCCUUUUGAUUUCCUCUGUGAAAUUCUAUUGUUGGAUUUUCAGAGCCUAAAAUCGGCCACUUGUGCCCUCGUUAUAUCUACCAGUCUCAUUAAGAGGACAUUAGCGCCAUGGGCAGCCCGACUGAGCCGGAUGAUGUCCACGUGGCGGUGAUCCGACCAAAGAAUGCUGGAAGCCUCAAUUCGCGGGAAUAUCGAGCAAAACUAUAUGAAAUAUUAAUGAUCGAGAUCCCGAUAGAGGGGCAGAAGAAGAAGCGAAGGAAAGUAUUGCUGGAGACUAAACUACAGGGUGAAAAAGACAAAUCACAGGAAAUCUUGGACUAUGUGUUUGAAUGCACAAAGCCGAUCUCUCCUUCAAAUCAAGGGAUUAAAGGUAAAAGAGUUGUGUUGAUGGAGAAGUUCCCUCAGGAUGGGGAAAAAGCUGGCCGAGAUGCAACUCUGUUCCUGGUCCCGACCUCUGUGAAAGAUAAUUCAAAGACCACGUACAAUCCCGGGAGUCCUGUUUUCUACUGCUUGCAGGAUAUAAUGAGGGUCUGCAGCGAGACCAGCACCCACUUCUCCACCAUUACAGCACGUAUGCUGAUUGCUCUGGACAAGUGGCUGGAGGAACAACACACAAAGUCUCACGCAAUCUCCGGACUCUUCCGGCCGUCUCCUUUAGACAGGAUCAAAACCAACGUCACCAACCCAGCGUAUUCCACAGAGGCCGGACAUUCUGAGGACUCGCUGCAUAUGGGCUACACCGCCCUGGAAAUCAAAAGCAAAAUGAUGACGUUGGAGAAAGCAGACAUGUGUAUCUACAACCCGCUGUUUGGGUCAGAUCUGCAGUAUACCAACAGGGUAGAUAAAGUGGUAAUAAACCCAUACUUUGGGCUAGGAGCCCCGGACUACUCCAAGAUCCAGAUCCCAAAGAGAGACAAGUGGCAGAGGAGUAUGAGCAGCGUGAUGGAAGACAAAGAGCGCCAGUGGGUGGACGACUUCCCCCUGCAUCGCAGCGCCUGUGAAGGUGACACCACCCUGCUGAGCAAAUUGCUGGAUGAGGGAUUUUCAGUUAACCAACUAGACAAUGACCAGUGGGCACCGAUACAUUACGCCUGCUGGUAUGGGAAGGUGGAGGCUACCAGCAUGCUACUAGAGAAAGGAAAAUGUAACCCCAACUUGCUGAAUGGACAACUCAGUUCACCGCUUCACUUUGCCGCAGGAGGUGGCCAUGUUGAAAUCGUCCAGAUUCUUCUCGAUCACUCGGAGACGGACAGGCACAUAGCUGAUCAGCAAGGACAGUCCCCUCUGGAUAUCUGUAAAGAGAACAAGCAGGGGAAAUGGGAGGAGACUGCGGAGCUGCUGAAGAAUUUCAAUAAACCAUAUGAGAAGGUGCGGAUAUACCGGAUGGACGGCUCGUACCGCUCGGUGGAGUUGAAGCAUGGUAAUAACACAACGGUGCAGCAGAUUAUGGAGGGGAUGCGCCUGUCUCAGGAGACUCAGCAGUUCUUCGCCAUCUGGAUUUGUUCAGAGAAUAUCAAUCUGCAGCUGAAGCCUUUUCACAAACCCUUGCAGCACAUCAGAGACUGGGCCGAUAUCGUGAAUGAACUCACCAACCUGGAUCCCCAGCGAGAGGCCCCGCAGCUGUUUCUCAGAAGAGAUGUCAAGUUACCUCUGGAUAUUGAGCAAAAGAUUGAAGAUCCUUUGUCCAUACUGAUCCUCUUUGACGAAGCCCGAUUCAACCUCCUGAAGGGCUUCUAUCCAGCACCAGACGUGAAGCUGAUCACCCUGGCCAGCCUGCUCCUGCAGAUUGUGUACGGGAACUACGAGAGCAAGAAGCACAAGCAGGGAUUCCUGAAUGAAGAAAACUUAAAGUCCAUUGUACCGAGCACCAAGGUGAAGAGUAAGGCGCCUCACUGGACAAACCGGAUUCUCCAUGAGUACAAGAGUCUGAGUACGAGUGAAGGGGUGAGCAAGGAGAUGCACAACUUGCAGCGCAUGUUUCUCCAGAACUGCUGGGACAUUCCCACCUACGGUGCAGCGUUCUUCACAGGCCAGAUCUUCACCAAGGCCAGUUCCAGCAAUCACAAGGUCAUUCGGGUGUAUGUGGGUGUCAACAUCAAAGGCCUGCACCUCCUCAACCUGGAAACCAAGGCUUUGUUGAUUAGUUUUAAGUUUGGCUGCUUUAAGUGGCAGUUAGGAGACGGAGAUACCUGCUUCCAGAUCCACAGCAUGGAGAACAAAAUGAGUUUCAUUGUUCACACCAAACAGGCCGGCCUGGUGGUAAAGCUUCUGAUGAAACUGAGCGGCCAGUUUAUACCUGUUGAUAAGAACGUGACAGAGCGAUAUGGCUAUGGGUAGCUGGCGCGAGACGGAUCUCAUUCUCAUGCUUCAUGCGCACCCGAUGCUCACUGUGUGCCCACAAAACAAUGGAUUCCAUCUAUAAAUAAAAACACUCAGCUGCUUCAUAUUUUACUGUUACUUGUCACUGAAAGUCACGUUCUGCAUUUCGUAUUAGACAUGUUGUACAGUCACUGUAUUUAUUUUAUGGGGAAAAAUAAAAUGACGUCUCUAAAUGA